AUGACGACCCGCACUUUUGUGGGCGCGCACAGCACGCGGUUCGACUUCAACGGGCUGCCCGAGAAGAACUUCUGCCUGUACACGGACCGCGCGGUCCACGUGAACAUGGGCAUGCGCGGGUACCUCGACUCGCGCUCCACGCAGAGCGCCGCCCUCGUCGUCAACGGCUCCGCCGUGCGCACCUGGAUCCGCCAGCUCGCCGUCAUGUGGACUGACGCCGACAGUGACAAUACCGUCUCCGCUAAGCCCGCCGCCCACUCGCUGGUGCUGACGGCGCGCGACGGCAAGGAGCAGCUCCGCGGCGACUCCGGCUUCCUCGCGUCCGCCGAGAUCGACGGCACGCCCCUCCCCCGCCUUACCCCGGGUGAGACUCGCAGCCUCGCGGGCGGCAAGUUGUCGCUUGAGUUCGUUGGGGAGGAGAAGACCGGGACCACACCUGCCGACGCCCAGGUGCAUAUUAAUGUGAUGUUCACUGACGCGAGCGCGAGCAGCAGCGUGCACGGCGUGAUGGGGCAGACGUUACCGCGAUGGCAGGGAGGCGCGCACGGUGGAGUUCUCUCGGCUCGCCGCGAUGCUGCACCACCCCGUGUCCGCCGAUGGCGCGGAGGGCAAGGGCUUCCUGGACGGGCAGGUGAAGGACUAUGA